CUUAGAGCUCUCUCAGCAUUCAUCAUUUGCUUCACAAAGCUUUUUCUACAAGCUCUUCGAUUUUCACUUCAUUAGCAUUUUACUUCAAUACAACAAUGGCCAUUGCCAAGAUGCUUAGACGAUCUCUUUCGGCCGGAACUGAAGUUCCAAAGGGACAUUUUGCUGUUUAUGUUGGGGAGAACGAAAAGAAACGCUUCGUUGUUCCAAUAUCAUACUUGAACCAAUCUUCGUUUCAAGAAUUGCUGUGUCAGGCUGAAGAAGAAUUCGGGUUCCAUCAUCCAAUGGGCGGACUCACCAUUCCUUGCAGCGAGGACUCGUUCAUCAAUCUAACCUCUCACUUGAGGAGAGCAUGAUGUGUAUAUAAUGAGCAGUAGAGUACAGAAUUUUCUAACAUUAGUUAUAGUAGUUAGUAAGAAUGGGCAAUUGUCCAUCUUUUCCUCUAAUUUUUUUACUUCUUCCCCAACACAGAAACGAUGAAAAAGUGUCAUUUCAUGGCAUAAAGAAUGAAAGUCCUACUUUCUUUUAAUGUGAAUUGGGUCAA